CCUGCAACAUUCCCACCUCGCCACAAACGUCGAAGUUUUGAUCAGUUGAUCAGCCUCGCGGAAGGUUCAGGGUGAGAUGCAGCUUCUUUUGGAAACACCUGUGCACAUCUGUUCCGAGAGUGCAUCAUGGCUGGUCCUGUUGAGAGUCUUCGAAUGGCCUUUUAGAAGGAGGGGGUGGGGAGGGCCACUGGCCCCUUACCUGAGAUUCCAGCCAUUCCUUCCACAGAACUAUGCUCUAAUUAUAUAUAGCCUGGAGGUGUUGUCUGAGGACAUGCUAGAGUAUUUAAACUGGGGAGAAUUAACUGAAGAAGUUCAGUUCAUGUGACCAUGUGGAAGGCAUCAUCCACACUGGACGAAGAAUUUCCAGUGCUGAUACUUUUGGGUCACCCACACUCUAGAGGACCCUGGAUGGUGGAGGUGGGCCAAGCAUAGCUCCAGAGAACACCGCUGGACUGCAUGCGAUACACCUUCCCCAGACUCCGCGACCUACCUAUCCCUUAAUUUGGUCUCACUGUGUAUCCUUGAAUCUGGAGCUCCCUAGGUAGACCCAGCUGGCCUGGAACUCACAGAGCUCUGCCUGCUUCUGCCUCUCAAGUGCAGGGGUUAAAGGUCCGACCUUCACGUAUAACUGGCACAACCCGGAGCUUCCCUGACUUCUCAGUCACUCCUGCACCAAGUGACAGACGGACCGGACUUAAGAAUUCUCAGGACCACUCCUCUGUGCCUCCCACCACGGCUGGCCACCCCUGAAGAGCCAUGAUCCCCCCUUGGGUUCUCUGUCUCCUCCUUUUUUCUUACUCCUCUGCCUCUUCUGACAGCUGGCGGCCCCUCGUAAACCUCGCUCACCGCUUCCUCAAGGACACUAACUCUUCCUUCUCUUCCAACUGCUGGGUCUGUUUGUCCAUCCAAACCCAGCGCUCUCAAGCCAUCCCAGCCCCGCUAACGACUUGGACGGACUCACCCAUGAAACUUCAUAUUACAUACUCGGCCCGGACCCUCUCCGGCCCUUAUCCUAUUACUGACCUUGAGAAACGCCUCCUGAAUUUCCAUCCACUAACUGCUUAUUACUCUUUUGUCAAUCCCGACCGACGGGCCAUCGCUCUUCUUCAACUCACCAGCUCGACACACAUACUUCCGAUACUUUCUCGGCUCACCUCUGUGAAAUACACUGACGAUCACGUCUAUGAAUCUGCCCAGCGCCCCAUAUGGGGGCCGCUCUCUACCCAGACUCUCCUCACCUCCCAGGCCCCUCUCUGUAUAUCCCGUUUCUUCAAGAACCCAGAAUAUGCCACCUUCGUGGGCAAUCUCUCGGCCUCUCUUUGCAAUCACACCUUUCACCUUUCCCCCUCGGCCGACCACCAAUCCAUAGAUCUGUCGACCAGCUACGCAUUUGCCGAACUAAUGACCAUGCCAGGCUCUAAGUGGAGAAAUCCCUUACGCUUUUCAGGACCCCCUUCCCUCACCUCAGGGAAGCCUUUCUACCCUUGCCUGGUCGAUGACAUCCACUGUCACACCUACCCAACCACUCCCUGGAGGCGAUGCCCUUCCUCCCCAUCUAGCGCCUGCUAUAAUCUGACGCUCUUCGAACCGGACAACAGAACUCACCCCCUUACCCUGUCUGUGGACACCACAUACUUCAAGAUUAAACUUCAGGGACACAAAGAGCCCUAUCCGCUCUUUCAGUACCAGCCCCUCAUGGGGGCUGCCCUCUCUGGACAAUAUUCAAUCUGGGAAGAUGAACCCACUGUCCAGGAAAACGGGGGUAUCACUCCAAACAUCUUCUCCUAUCUCCUCUCCUUAACGUACUCCUUCUGUCUCAACUCCUCGGGCGUCUUCUUCCUCUGCGGGAGCUCGACUUACGUCUGCCUCCCGGCCAACUGGUCGGGUGUCUGUACCCUUGUCUUCCAAUACCCAGACAUCGAACUCCUCCCCAGUAACCAAACCAUAACUGUCCCCCUUUUUGCUACAAUUCCCUCCUCGGUCUCCACGUCUCGCCGGAAGAGAGCGGUUCACCUCCUCCCUCUUCUCGCGGGCCUGGGCAUCACUUCCGCCCUGGGCUUAGGCAUCGCUGGCAUCACCACGUCAACCAUCUAUUUCCAACAGCUCUCGCAGGCGCUCUCCGACAGCCUAGACGAAAUAGCCACCUCCUUCACCACCCUCCAAGAUCAAAUAGACUCGCUGGCGGGCCUCGUGCUCCAAAACCGCAGAGCUCUGGACCUCAUCACCGCCGAGAAAGGGGGCACCUGCCUCUUCCUCCAGGAGGAGUGCUGCUUCUAUGUAAACCAGUCCGGAGUAGUCCGGGAUGCAGCCAGGAAACUUCGAGAGAGAGCAUCCGAACUCCGCCCAAGCUCCAGCUCUUGGAUCCAGGGGCUGGGGCUGGGAUACUGGCUGCCCUCCUGGUUGACUUCCUUCGUGGGACCCAUUCUCUUUAUCCUCUUUCUGCUCAUGUUCGGGCCCUGUCUUCUUAAUUGCCUGACUCAUUUUGUGUCCCAGCGAAUGAGCUCUUUCAUCCAGAGCACAACCAAAGGGCACGUGGACAAGAUCCUUCUGCUUCGAGAUUCCCAAUACAAGAGGCUUCCCCAGCAGCCCCCUGAGGAGGACACCGUCUGACAGGAAGGAGCUACCUGAACCACAGCUCCCCCACUAACACCCCCCUCCCCCGUCUCUAUCUACCGAUCUGUAGAAAUAAACAUCAAUGUUAGCCACACCUA